CCGGGGCCCCCCCAUUGAUACCGCGGCGCAGUGGGAAAGGGGCGGGGCUUCCCCGCGCGUCUCGUCCAAUGGGAGGCGGCGGGGCCGUGGCGCGCCGCGCGCUGAUUGGUUGCCGUGCGGGGAGCGGAGCGGAGCGGGGAGGCCAUGACUGCGCACAGCUUCGCGCUGCCGCUCGUCCUCUUCUCCGCCUUCUGGGGGCUCGUGGGCGUCGCCGCCCCCUGGUUCGUGCCCAAGGGGCCCAACCGCGGGGUGAUCAUCACCAUGCUGGUCACCACCGCCGUGUGCUGCUACCUCUUCUGGCUGAUCGCCAUCCUGGCGCAGGCCAACCCGCUGUUCGGGCCGCAGCUGAAGAACGAGACCGUCUGGUACGUGCGCUUCCUCUGGGAGUGAGCCCCGCGCCCCAACGGACAGCCCCCCGGCGUCACCCUCCCGCCACUGCUCCAGCAUCUCCCCUCCCGUCCCAGGCAGCCCCCAGAGGUGCUGGGCCAGAGGCUGGACCCACAGCCCCAGCAGCAUCCUGAGCUCUGCAUCCCCGCUGGCUGCAGGCAGUGCCCCUGGCCGGGAUGAGGAGCUCGUGCAGGCAACAACCUCCCUGCCAUCAGUCCCUGGCUGCAGCCGCCCUGGUCCCUGCUGAGGGUAGGAGAAAGGAAGGUUGGUGCUGCAGGAGGAUGUGGGCUGGCAGGGGUGCGAUGCAGGGAGGUGCUGGGGUGUGGGGCCGGGGGCUCUGCCUGGCAGCCUGGGGCUGGAGGGGGGCCCUGUCAUCUCCUGCCCCAGCAGCCAGGGUGCUGCAGUAGUGUCUAGGUACUGCCGUCAUUCCUACCCAUGCCCAUGUUCUGAGAACUUAUGAGUUGUCCCUUGCCCCUAUUUAUCAGAUAUAACUUAUCUGUAUUUAUUAAUUUGUCUGUGUUAAGUUUGUGUUGUGGAAAUAAAUCCUUCUUUUAGUAAGUGAUGCUGGAAGCAGUCACUUGCUUGGAGGCAGAGGAA